GUUUCCUUACUUGCCUGGAAAUGAGAUCAGGACGUGGGUUUGCAGGACCACCAGAUCGACUCACGAAGCUGGACGACCGCGUCGUCUCGAGUACAGGCGCCCUUCUUCUUCUUCUUCCUUCUGCCGUUUCGUCUUCGGGCCAAAGGGAGGAUCGAUUGGAAAACUAGGAAGCAGAAACGGGGCGGAGGGAGGCAGUAGGAGGAUGAGGAGCGAUUGCAACAAAGAGGUGGUAGCAGCAGCAGUGUGUGUCAUCCCUCGCUGGUGCGAAUAUUGCAAGGAGGAGGCUCCCGCCAGUGCUUGCAGUGCAAUCUGGCAGUUCGCUUUCGAGUGACCCCCAGGAGGCCAGUGGAAAACCAGAGCUGGUUUUCUUGAAGACAAAUAAGGAGAACCCUCUCGAGUGAGGGACGAACAAACGAUUGUUGGGAUUGUUUUAACGUGCGAAAAAUGUACCUAUACGCAACGUAGGUCAUAGCAAAGUGUAAGUAAGUCUUGGGCGCUUGCAUGUGGUGACAUAAAAGGCAAACAGAAUUUCACGGAUUCUUCUACUUGACAGAAGAUAUUUGAAGACGUGAACCAGAACUUGUGUCAUUUCUGCAGUUGUUCAGUGUUUUCCAUUCUCACACCUGCUAAAUUACGUGUGCCUAUUUGUUGAAAUAUAGAAGUCUACAGGAAAUAUAUAGUUACAUCAACUGUCCGCGUCGAUGAUGCUCUUAGGUUGAACCCUUGGAAUUCAGUCCAAUUGCAAUUCAAGAAAUUAAAAAUAAAAAAAAAAUGAAAGGAACAGACAGCGUGUCAGGCUAAUCGUUCCCGCCACACAGUAGAUUACUAAAGUCUUCCCCUACCGCGACUAGUAACGAAACCCUACGGCAUGAACGCCGUCGAGGUCACGCAUCACGCAAUCACAACAAACCCGACUGACUGGUGACGCAAGGGCGCGCGGCGAGUUGUUUUGGAUGGUAAGGAAAGCGGACGGGAUGUUAAAAGACACAACUUCGCUUCGAUUUCCCGAGUUCAUUCACUUCGACUUUAAGAGAGUAGUAUCUGGAGAAGCUGCAGAUUUCUAAGCCACUGGCCGAAGGUCGACUUGUUAGUGAUCCUAUGAUCUUCACGAUAGCGGAGAAAGAAGAAAAAAAAACAGAAACGCGAGUUGCACAGAAGUGAAAUCGGAUUGGUAAUUUGUAGUGUGUUUAUUCAUUUAGUGUUCCUCGAUCUGUAGACGUUUAAUUUUGGUGUAUAGAUUAAGGAAGGAAAAAUAUGUUGUAUUGUGCGUCUAAUAUGUGAGAGAAAUGUUCUUAGAACGUGUUUUUGCUGUAGUAAAUGGUUAGUAAUUAUCAUUUACGUAUUCACGAGAGCUGAAUACGACAAACUGCUUUAAAACAGAAAAGGACGGUUAAUGUAAGAUUAUAAAAUGGAUUGGAGAUGAGAGUUCGUCUUCUUCAGUGGCGCCAAAGGAGGCCUUGAAAGAAGGACGGAAGGCCUCCGUUCAAACCAGUAGCCCAACCGAAUAGGUCUACUAGGCUUUAGUGGCAAGAAAGGCAACGCUUGAUCGAGAAGACCAGAUGGGAACCUCACAGUCCAUCCACUUCUGCCUGGCUCCUCCUCGUACGCUGUCUUGCUUCUCUCUCUCUCAGUUCUGUGAACACACGUGUGAAUGACUUUCUCCUGAAGAGGGCAGAGUCCACAAGAUGACGCCAGAGAACGGAGCUGUCAUUCGGAAACAGACGAGAGACGACUUAUGUCCGUGGAAAAAGAGGUAUCCAUUGACCUGAUAAGUCUAGUCUCAUCCAUUUAGGCCGAUGCAUUCUUUAGUUACGCAGCUACCGCCCGCCUUGAGGAGACGCCCUUUCCUGCGGGCGUGGUUGCUGCUGUCGCCCACGGCGACGACGACAACGACGAACACGACGGCGUGGCUCCUCGUCUUGUCGCUGGUCGCUACGUGCGUCGCCGCUAUGCCUCACCAGGACUUUCCCCAGGCGGCGGAGGAAUACCACUACGUGUUCCGGGCGGACGGGACCUACUCCUUCUCGUACGAUACAGGCACUGGCAAGCAUCAGAGCUUCAGACUCGAAGCUCGGGACGCCAAAGGUCGAGUUUCGGGUCGAUACGGCUACAUAGAUCCCGACGGGGUGCUCCGGAUCACUAUGUAUCAGGCCGAUGCCACAGGCUACAGGGCCAACAUGGUGAUCUACCGCAAGGUGACUUCCGCUCCCCCACAACCCCUCCUGGUCGGCCCUCUGCCAAGAAGUGUCUCCUUCAAGGACACUGCUGGCCGAGGAAGGAAACCUUCCCCUGGCGAGCCGUCGGCACCAAUUGGACCUGUGCCAUUCUUUUCCCCUCAGGAUGGUCCUAUUCUUGUCAUAGGACCCCUGCCGAAACCCCUUCAGCCUCAGAGGGACGACGAUGAAGGAGACACUUCUGCCACACUGGACGUUUCUUUAUCGUCGUCUGAGAAGGACCUCCUAGUGGAAUCCUCAGGGAUACGUGAUGUACCCGAAGGUCCUCCGCCUAAUGCCAUACCCAGUAGGGUCCUGGAGACGAUCCUGCAAGACAAUUUCCACAAGAUAUUUCGCGGUUCCCUCCCAGCCAUCCUAGUGAACUCUGAGGAGGGAGGUUCCUUCAGGAUCUCGCUGAACAGUCUAGAGGAGGGGACGGCAGGCGACGGGCAGCAACCAGAAAGUUCUCAAGAGGACUUAGUGAAAAUAUCUCAAGAACUGUUACGCGGACCUGAAGCCCGCCUGGGCGCAACAAAGGCGGCCUCUGAGAACGAAGCCCUGCCCUUGAGAGUUUCCCGGAGGAACAGGACUCGGUCAGAGCCCUCCUCGAAUGAAGGGAAGCUCGCCCGAGUUCCCUUUGCAGAUACCCUUAAUGCAAGCCAGUCAUUUAGUGCCAAUACCAAUCACACCGAUUCAAACAGGACCUUCGAAGUGCCGGUUAGAGAAGAAGAAUCGGAUUCCCGUCACCAGAAUCCUCUGAAAGAAAAACAGAAUUACUCCCUGAACUCUCAGAUGAUCGCCAUCAACGCGAAGCUGAUGCCACCUAGCAGCGAGAGAGUGAACAAAACGGCGCAUGUGCCCUCGUCGACAGAGGACAAGAACAAGGAUUCCCGAAGGGAGGCCUCCUUCUUCCCCUUCUCAGUGGACGCUGCGACCACGCCCCCCCGGACGUACCUGCCGGCGCACAACAUCAAAGUCCCGAGGCAGUCCAUCUACGUGGGGUCGUUACCCAGUUACUGAUUUUACCGGCGAAACAGCGUUGAAUCUCAGGUUGUGACCUCCGGGUAAUUUUUGCGCAUAGUUCCGAGUCGAUGUAUCACUCCGCCGCCAUGUUGGUUUAGAUAGGCUCUGAGUGUGCAGCGUCGUAUAGGUUUUUCUAUAAACGGCUCAAGACCACGACUUCUGUGAGACUUGAAUGACGUAUUCCUGCGGUAAUUGUUGUCCUACUAAUCGUUACUUAUUAUUCCUUGCAUAAGUUUUAAUUGGCAAAUGAAACUUUCCUUCGCAUACGGAACUGUCUCCAGACAAAGGAGGGGAAACCAUUCGAAUGGUUUAAAACUAACAUUAGACGAAAUCAACACAUUCUACUGUAUUUUCGAAACUGUUUGUGUGUGUAUUUUCGAUACUGUAUUCUUAUUUUCGAAGCUGUUCAACCGUAUCUUCGGCACUGUUCAAUCCCCAUAUUUGUUGAUAGUAAACUUAUCGUAUUGUAUAGUCUGUUCGUUUGUAGUUACGUUGUAAAGAUAGUCUGUAUAAAAAAUACACUUUAAUAUAAUUAAAUGUAAGCUCAUGGUUUUUGUACAAUAAACAUUCCUCGCA